UUUCGGUUUUGAUGCGUACUCUUUCCUUGACCUACAACAACAUACUCCGAAACUAAUGUGAAACAAGUUCGUGAAAAUAAUUUAUUUCUUUAGCUGGAUCUUCGCUUAUAUAUAAACUUCCUUUUCGAAUCAAAACAUGGAAUCUCCAGGAUUAAGUACCGACGACUUAAAUAGUGAGUGCGCUUGUUUCUGCCUGCAUUUGUUUCAAGAAUGGGCUCCCUUGAUUGUUACACAAAUGGGCUUCCGAUGUCACCGAGUUCGAAGACUGGUUCAUUUGCAACUAAAAUAUUCCGUGAUCCAGUACAUGGACAGAUAGAAUUACAUCCAGCUUGUGUAGCGAUAAUUGAUACUCCUGAAUUUCAGAGACUUAGGUACGUAAAGCAAACUGGUUGUUUAGAAUAUGUUUAUCCCGGAGCAAUACAUAAUCGAUUUGGCCAUAGUUUAGGUGUGUGUUAUCUUGCUGGAAAAUUCCUUCAAGAACUUAGAGAGCAUCAACCAGAAUUACAGCUGUCGGAUACAGAUGUGUUAUGUGUUGAGUUAGCUGGAUUAUGUCAUGAUCUAGGACAUGGACCAUAUUCUCAUACCUGGGAAUCUUUUAUGAAAACUUCAAAUUGCCAAAGAAAUGUUAAAACAGCAUGGAAGCAUGAAAUGGUCUCAGCUAACAUGCUUGAUUAUCUCAUUGAAGAAAACAAUUUAUUUCCCAUAUUAAAAGAAUUUGGAAUAGGAUAUGAGGAAAUAGAACUUAUUAAAAAUUACAUUAUGGGAACACAGCCAAGUAAUGAGAACAAAGCUUUUCUUUAUCAAAUUGUGAACAAUGAUGAUUCUGGGCUUGAUGUUGACAAAUGGGAUUAUUUCCUGCGAGACUGUUUCUUUCUAGGACUUCCUUGCAGUUUUGAGUAUGAGCGCAUAAUGCAAUUUGCGAAAGUGUUUGUUGUUGAUGGAAAAGCAGAGAUUUGCUAUCGAGACAAAAUUUUAGAAUCGGUGUACAACGUUUUUCGCACUCGAAGUAAUCUUCAUCGUUUAGCAUAUCAACAUAAGAUUGUUACAAUAGUUGAGAAGAUGUUUAUUGAUGCUUUUCUACUUGCUGAUGGAAAAAUUACUGGACCCAAUGGUGAGGUUCUUUUUCUAUGGGAAUGGAGCAUGGCUGCUGCGUUUAGUCGUGGUGAGCAGCUGAAAAAUGCACUGAAGCAGUUUUCUUUGUUAACAGAUAGUUUUGUACACAACUGUAUAAAGCACAGUACAAAGCCUGAAUUACGUAAAGCUGCUGGCCUCAUUACUGCAGUUGAAAGGCGAUCUUGUAAAAACAGUGGAUUUUAUAGGCAUGUUGGCUUGAAAAUACUCUCCCACCAUUACGAAGAAUCAGAAAUUUUAAGUAACCUAUGCCAGUUCCUGCCACUUGGAAAUAAAAUGGUGUUAAAUUUUUAUGGAGACUUGACUCAAGGGAACUCUGAUGAAGUCACAGCUGAUGAUAUUUGCGUGUGUGUUGUUCCAGUUAAUUGGGGUAAAGGUAACAGAAAUCCUGUGGAUUUUGUUCAUUUUUAUUCAAAACAUCUUGGAGUUAUUAAAAAUGCUAUGAAUGUGCAGGAAGUAUCAGCACUUCUACCAAAAACAUUUGAAGAAAUCCAAGUUCAUGUGCUGUGCCGCCGAACCGAUGAGUUUGCCUUCCGAGUGGCCAGAUUCUGUUUUGAGAAACUUUGGGUAGAUGCUGCAAACAGUAGUCAAUUAUAAGGAAUUUUUGUGCUAAUGAGAAUUAGUGUGUAUUUAUUAAAAUGUAACAUUUAUGUAAAGUUUUUAUUUUCCAUCAUUUAAUUUGGUAUAGUUUGCAUAUAAGUUCUAAAAAUAUCUGUAUUUUUCAAAAUUAUAUUUAAUGUUAUAACACAGUCUUUUGAUUUAUUUUGGCAAUAGAUUAAAACAAUUAAACUUUUAUGUAAUUCUAAUCUAUUGGAAUUUCCCCAUUUAGCAUCAUCUGCAUUAUAGUUAAAUGGAAAGUAUGAUAAGCAUUUUGUUUAAAUUUUAAAGUUUCAUUUGAAAAAUCAUAUUAUUUACUUAAAAAUUAACAAUUUUUUUUGGCUUGAUACUGAAAUAUGUCUCUCUUAUAGAAUAUUUCAUUUUCAUGUGUUCAGAAAAAUCAUUUUUGUAUUUUUAAGUAUUAUUUUAAGUAUUUUAAUGUAUAUUUUCUU